AUGCGUUAUGCAAUCUCUCGACCAAGCGAAUAUCUCCUGCUCACAGGAGCAGGAGUCGACGAUAUCCAGAUCAAAAAGAAGUCCCUUGUGAUGCCAUGGCAGCGAUGUGCAAGGAUUUCCGUGGCACCGUUCGACUUCUCGAUGAAUCUCCAGGCAAUGACCAGCGAGAAGCUUCAAUUCUCCCUGCCUGCGGUGUUCACCAUCGGUCCUGAGACCGGGGAGGACGCACUCAAGAAAUAUGCCCGUCUCCUUUCUGGGAACUCUGGAUCAGAAUUACAAAAGAAUGCCCCUGCUUCCACUGUGAAGCACCACGUCCAGGAUAUCGUGAAGGGGAUUAUUGAAGGAGAGACUCGGGUGAUUGUCUCUAGCAUGUCGAUGGAGGAGAUCUUCAAGGAACGACAGGUUUUUAAGAAUAAGGUCAUUGGGAAUGUUCAGAAUGAGCUCGAAGAAUUCGGUUUGAAAAUCUAUAACGCCAACGUCAAGGAACUUCAAGAUACCCCUGGCAGCGAGUAUUUUGCCUUUUUGAGCCGCAAGGCACAUGAGGGAGCCCUCAAUCAAGCCAGGGUUGAUGUUGCUGAGGCCCGAAUGCGUGGUGAAAUCGGAGAGUCCGAGAAGCAAGGCAAAACCAAGCAGGAAAUCUCCAAGAUCGAUGCCGAAACUGCUGUCCUGGAAACCAAGCGAAAGGCCGAAAAGGCCAAGGCAGACGCUGACCUUGUGGACUGUAAAACAGCGCUGAAUGCCAGAAACGAAAUGAGCAAUAUUACUGCAACGCGCCAGAACGAGAUGAAAGAAGCAGAGUUGCAAAAGCAGCUCCAGGCUAGAAUGGCGGAGACUGAGUUGGAACGGCGCAGGGCGAACGAAGUCACCAAGAGCAAGGUUGCGCGCGAGGCUGCGCAGGAAACUGCUAACGCAUCUUACUACACGGAGCAUAAGGCAGCAGAUGCACACUUGUACAAGCGAAAGAUGGAAGCAGAUGCGUUAUACUACCGCCAGAGCAAAGAAGCAGACGCUGCUUUCUACAAGCAACAGCGCGAUGCUGAAGGUCUGCUGGAACUUUCUAAGGGAUAUGGUGCCCUUGUCGACGUUCUCGGUGGUCCUCAAGCCUUCCUGCAGUUCCAGAUGAUGCAGAACGGCACCUACGAGAAGCUGGCGCACGCAAAUGCCCAAGCUAUUAAUGGCCUUCAGCCGAAGAUUACUACGUGGAAUACUGGAAACGGCGACGUUGGCGACUCAUCUGCACCAAUUCGGAACAUUAUGCAGAAUCUUCCUCCGCUCUUGAGCACAAUCCAAGAACAAACUGGUAUCUCUCCACCGACAUGGUUGGCUCAGAUGCCCAAUAGCCAUCCUAAGGACCCUAAGAUGGCGAAGACGUCUAGUGGUUGA